GAUAUUCAGCAGGGCAAAGCCGACAAGUCUCCCUAAGCUACUCGUCAAGCCACGCUAAACACCAACUCAAAGUCGUCGUCAUGCCUCCGAAAUCUUCCCAGCGAACUUCGCUUGGGUCCUCUCAACCUCAACCAUUCGAGGCUGCGGUCACGAAACUCUGCAGUGCCAUUGCCAAUGCUAAGGAAAAGGAUGGAGAGAUCAAAGCACAAAGCAUUAUCACUAGACUCAAGGAGUUUCUUUCCGACUACCGAAAGGCCAAAAAGAUACUCGAUUCGCCAAUCAUUUCUUUAGUGGUGGGAUCUCUGGAGAACGAUGGAGACAAUAUCUGCAGUCGCUUGGAUCCUUCAAUUUUCUGCACCAUUGUGGAACUGGUUUUGCAGUCAGAACCGUGCAUCGAAGGCGAGCGGUGCCUGUUUCUCCUUGCAAAAUCGCUCUUUGAUGAUGCCCGGGACCCCGAGAACAAAGUUGUCGUGGAGAAUAGAAAGGGCAAGAUAGGACGAGAAUGUCGUCAGCGAUUACUGAGAUACUUCAUCGACGAGGAAACUGCUCCGACAAUGCGAAGAUGGGCUGGCGUUUUAUGUGUGCAACUCUUCUCAGAUUGCAAGGAGAACUGCCAAUGGAUGGAAUUUGGCCCGGAAGAUUACAGGUGGGAACCUCUUCGACACUGUGGAUAUCGGCAUCGCUGACGCAAGCACAGACGAAACAUUGGACGGGCAGUCAUCGAAGAGGUUGAUGAAAUCUUGAGAUUAAUCUAUGCCCAGCUCCUCCGAACUUUGCUCAAAGCUGAUAUUCCGCUUGAAGACUUGUUCCCUGUAGACUGUAAGGAAGA